AGACAGCAGAGAGGACAGAGAAUUGUUUUUUUUGAAGGGGGCUAACAGCAGCCUCCCAGCGUUGCAUUCACUAUGGACUGGGGAUUCCUAAGCUUGUUGCUCCUUCUCAGCUAUCACACAGACAAAGGUGAUGCAGUUCCUUCAAUUAGUAACUUCCAAGACCCUAAAACAAUCCUUGCUGGUCAACGCAUACAAUUUAUUUGCAAGGAUACCGAAGCGGUAAGCUGGAGCUAUCUUAGACCCGGUUAUGGAAAGAAGCCCAAACAACUGCGCACCUCACCAUUUCAUGGGAGCAAAACUGAUAUACUGUACACUAUUGAACGAGCAGAGCGCAAACACACUGGACGAUAUAUAUGUACCAACACAUUGACAGAAGAAAGUGUCUCAUUCUAUCUGUUUGUUAAAGACUCAACAAGUCCAUUUUAUGAUGACCUUAAAUUUAUUGAUGGACAGGAAGGAAGUGAUGUUACCGGGGUAUGCCCUCGUUCUGAUCCCGAUGCUCUUGAUUUUGCUCUCCAAACAUGUGAUAAGUCUCCCCUGCCUAAGGAUUUUAUCUAUGUUGCGGACUUUGAGAAUGGCAUCACCAUAAAAACCGUGCAGACCAAUUUUAAGGGGUGUUAUGAAUGCACAGCAUCUCAAAACGGCAUUUGGAAAACAAGCAAAUUCACGUUACAUGUAAAACCUGUUCACAAAACCUUGCCUACAAUCUCACUGACAAAAUCCAGGCAACUUGUCAAAACAGGAGAACCAUUUCAAGUAACUUGUGCAGUAAAAGAUGUAUUCAGUACUGUGGAAGUGAGAUGGGUUAAUCAUCAAAACAUGAUUGUCAGUGAAAAUAGCCAAUACCUUGCUCCAACAGUCUUUGGGCGCAAUGUAACUCUGAAGAGCAAUGCUGUUCAGUUUAAUGAGUCGGGUACAUUUAUUUGUCAAGCGAAAAACAGUAUUGGUGCUGUGAAUGUUACGUUCACAUUAGAUGUUAUAGAUGUGGGAUUCAUCAACCUGACCAUCACAGAUAACACGACCAUUGAUGUAAAUGCUGGAGACAGCCUUGUGUUAAGAGUGUUUAUCGAUGCUUACCCCAGGCCAUAUGAAGAAUUAUGGACUUUUAUGAAUGAAACUAUAUUAAACACAUCGGAUCAUUUUGUCGAUACACGAGAAGAGGGUGACAAUAGGUACAUUUCCGAAUUACAUCUGAUCCGCUUAAAAGGAAACGAGAAAGGCGAUUAUACGUUUUAUAUCUCAAACGCAGACUCCAACUCUUCCGUGACUUUCAGUGUUUUUGUAAAAACAAGGCCAGAAAUCCUCACCGCAGAGCGAAUCAGUGACGAUAUGCUGCAGUGCGUGGCAGCAGGGUUUCCUACACCCACCAUUGAUUGGUUCUUUUGUUCAGGAAGUGAGCAAAGGUGUCAAAAUGCAUCAUCGAUUUCUCCAGUGGACCUAAAGAUCAGCCAGGAAAAUUCAUCUCUAGGGCGCAUAGUGGUGGAAAGUACCAUUAAUGUGAGUUCAAUUAAGAAGAAUGGUACUGUGCAAUGCAUCGCUUCCAAUGAGGUGCAGAGAACUUCAUCUGUUUUCAGCCUUGCUAUUAAAGAAAACAUCAGCUCCCACACUCUGUUCACUCCUCUGCUUAUUGGGUUCAUUGUGGCCGCAGCAUUGAUGUGUGUUCUUGUUGCCAUCCUAAUGUACAAGUACAUGCAGAAACCAAAGUAUGAGAUACAGUGGAAAGUGGUGGAAGAAAUCAAUGGAAAUAACUACGUUUAUAUUGACCCAACACAGCUUCCCUAUGACAACAAAUGGGAGUUUCCCAGAGACAGACUGUGCUUUGGUAAGAUCUUAGGUGCUGGAGCAUUCGGCAAAGUAGUUGAAGCAACGGCUUAUGGUCUUUUGAAAGCAGACACCACAUUGACUGUUGCUGUUAAAAUGCUGAAACCAAGUGCCCAUUUAACAGAGAGAGAAGCUCUAAUGUCUGAACUAAAAGUUUUAAGUUAUCUUGGACACCACAAAAAUAUUGUGAAUCUUCUUGGAGCCUGCACUAUUGGAGGGCCGACCCUCGUCAUCACAGAAUAUUGCUGUUAUGGAGAUCUUCUGAAUUUUUUGAGACGAAAACGUGAUUCAUUUAUUUGUCCAAAAUUUGAAGAACAUUCAGACACUGCACUUUACAAGAACCUCCUUAACUCCAGAGAUCACAUUUGUGACGGAAUGAGUGAAUAUAUGGACAUGAAGCCUGGAGUGUCUUACGUUGUCCCUGCUAAGACCGGCAAACGACGAUCAGGUUCAUAUGUUGAUCAAGAUGUCACCAUUGCUAUGCCCGAAGAGGAUGAUUUAGCUUUGGAUACAGAAGAUCUCAUCAGCUUUUCAUUCCAGGUUGCCCAGGGAAUGAACUUCCUUGCUUCUAAAAAUUGCAUUCAUCGGGAUUUGGCAGCAAGAAACAUACUCCUUACUAAUGGUCGAAUUACCAAAAUCUGUGACUUUGGCCUCGCUAGAGACAUCAAGAAUGACUCAAAUUAUGUGGUUAAGGGAAAUGCUCGACUUCCAGUGAAGUGGAUGGCCCCUGAAAGUAUCUUCCAUUGCGUGUACACGUUUGAAAGUGAUGUUUGGUCAUAUGGAAUACUCCUUUGGGAAAUAUUUUCUCUAGGAAGCAGUCCAUAUCCCCGAAUACCGGUGGAUUCCAAGUUCUACAAGAUGAUAAAAGAUGGAUACCGCAUGUUGAGUCCAGAAUGUGCACCAGCUGAAUUGUAUGAAAUCAUGAAAGGUUGCUGGAAUUCUGAUCCACUGAAGCGACCAACAUUUAAACAAAUCGUACAGAAGAUAGAACAACAGCUAUCAGAUGGCAAAGGACAUACUCUUUUAAAUACUUCCCCUUUGAUUUCGAACCAAAUUCCCCUGGAUCAUUCAGUCCGAAUUAAUUCAAUUGGAAGCACCACAUCUUCCACACAACCAUUACUGGUACAAGGAAGCCUCUGAAUGAACAUUAAAAAGAACUCAGACCCUGCGCAAAUUACAGCUCAGUCUAUGUGAUUCUCCUGUUCUGUCUAUCAUUUGUCAUGGGAUCAACGCAUCUAAUGCUAAAAUCAUCAGUGUACUAAAUAGGACCACCAGAUCCUAGGGACAAUGAGAAAUACAACCGCCACGUACUAUGGAAGACAUCAAAGCAACAAACUAAUCAUGCCAAAUGGGCAGUAAAUGAUGUGACUCCUGCUACCAUAUAUCAUUGGUAGCCAUAUUGGUAGCCAUAUUUCAGAGUAUUGUUGGUUUUUGCUACAGAACCUCUUUUAAGUAGCAUAAUAGUGAACAUUCGAUUGCUUUGUUUUGUCUUGUAUGUUCUUCUGUCACUGGGAAGAUUACAUAUUUAUUUUUGUAAAUGAAAAAUGCUUCUGAAGAAUAUUGUACAGAGAUCUGUACAAUCUGAAAUUUUGAUGUUAACCAUUGUGUUUUGAUUGACGCAGUCUUUCAAAUAAUAUUUUUUUGUUUGUUUCGUUUUUUUUUUUAAAUACUUUGUCGAAACGUCCUAAGACAGGCAGGUUUACACUGUAUCUUGAUUCCACUGAGAAAAAAAAGGGUUGUAUUGUUUCCUAGACUCGUAGGAGGGAAAUUUUAAUCCUUAAGGACCCCAUUUCAUUUUUAAUUUCAAAUGUAGAAAUGUUAAGAAUGAAAAUAAUACUGUAUGUACCUCAAAAGGCUGUGUGUAUAUGUGUAUGUAGGUACGUAUACGUGCAAAUUCAACAUCAAUCUGUACUCUGUCAUUCAGAAGAAUAUAAUAUGCUCAACCAAUAUCCACACCAUUUUUAUUUUGUAUAUAUUUAUUGAUUAUUCUCAGGCACUUAAUCAUAGAGAUAAAUACAGUCAAUGCACUAGGUAUGUAUGUUAAAUUAUCUUAUGUAUAGAAAAAAAUAGCUUUAAUAACAAAGAAUUGCAAAAGUUAACUAUAGGUCAUAACACAUUGGUAGGAUGCUUGCAGUUCUUCUUACUGUGUGUCGUGCUACUCUACAGAACCAUGUGUCCCAUUUAUACGUAUUUGCACUGGACUUGUCUCUCUUGUUCUUGCACCUUUUUGAAAUGUUUUAAGAUAUUCAUGCAAAAUAAAAUAAUUUAAAAAAUAAAAAAAGGAUUAACUGUACGUGGACCAAUUAGCUGAUGGAGAGAUGAACACGGGGGUAGAUAAUCUUAUAGGGGAAAGGUUGGUUUGUGUAUAUAACCAAAGUUAUGGUGUUGAGCCAAUUUGUCAACUUAGAACCAAGGUUCAUACAGUGACUAAUAUGUUCUCACUUGCCAACCUUUUCUUUCACUCUUUCUAAGUCUCCACAAGACUAAGUAGAAAGUAAAUUGGAUCUUUCAGAUCCUGACUGUGUUUUUGUUUGAGUACAGGACUUAGACAAACUCACUCUAGAGUCAGGGUUGUGGCACAAGGAAAAAAAACAUGAUAUUUGAAUUAUCUCUUGACUCUGCAUUAGUUACACUCCCUAAGUACUGUUGUUGUUCCAAACGCCAAUGAGUUAACUGAGCUUUGCUCUGGAUAAAAUAUUAACAUUGAUUUGCCGGGGGUUUCCUGACACAUUAAGAGGCAUGGGAAAAUGCUGGUUAAUGUAUAUGGAAGUCCUCAGGAAUGAAGCUCUCUGUAAAGGUUAACCUUCUCUAAUGGACAAAUCAGCAGAAUCUGAAAUCGAUAACUGAAAGUUUCAAUUUAUGGUACCUGCCCAGACCAGCUACGUUUCUAAUGGUUAGUCUCUUUACCUACUGUAUGACCAUCACUGUUUAAUAGACCACUUGUUAAUAUUAUUGUUAUGGAGGUACUUUGGGGGCACUUAGUCUGACAUUUUAUUUGAAUCAUUUUGAGAUGUUAUAUUUUUGUACUUUUUGUUUUAAAUGCCACUGUUAUUUGACUGUGACUAGAUGUUUCAAUUUUAUUUGUUUUAUGUUCUGUAAAUAUGGAUAAUGUCACAAUAAUUUCUUUGAAGCCCCUGACUUUUCAUAGUAUUUUUCUAUGAGUGUAAAUAUGUGUAAUAAAUGUUGCAAGUUUGUAAAACAUUUUGGGGUACGUCUAUCCCCUUAAAAUACAAAGAACAGUUCUUAAUAAAA